AUGCAUCUGUUUUGCACCUGCGUCCUGUCCUUCUCCCUGCUGAUGGCGUCCUCCCUGGUGAGUGCCAGUGUGUCGAACAGCUUCAAAGACUGCAGCCACUUUUUCUACAUGCAGGCACCACCUGCGGGGAUGAAGGGGGCCAGCCUGAGGAGGGUCUGCCAGAAGUAUGCGGACAAGCUGCGCUACGCCACGUUGUAUGACAGCAGUCGCCGCCUCGCCCUCUAUUCAGCCUACAUCUUUAAGAAGACUGAUGGGAAGAGGAGGAUGGACACACCGUGGAUGUAUGAACCACAGUUAGUGUCUGAUGAUGAGAGUGGCAACAUGAGAGCACUCCCUCUCACUGAAGACACCCCCCCUCUGAUUGAGGACAGCCAGGCCGUGUUGGAGGACUACACAGAUGCUGUAGAAUACAGACGUGGCCCGCUGAAUCCAGACCUGCACCAAUCAGAGCCAGAUGACAAAUCCUCCACAUAUACUCUGACCAAUGUCGUGCCAUUAAUCACAAACUUCCUGGAUGCUUCCUGGAACCCAUACUUGGACCUCAUCCGCCGCCGCCUCAAUAACUUCUGCCACGGGAAGUCUUUCAUGGUGACAGGGGUGACCGUUUCUGGGGGGACCCUCCAACGAGGUAACAGGGACCGCCUGGCAAUCCCAAAACACUUAUGGCUGGCUUACUGCUGCCCGCGGUUUGACCAUAACUCUCCGUAUGAGGUGAGGUUCAUGUUCCCUAGUUAUGGGGGCUAUGCAUUGAAUGAGCAGACUGACCACAGUGUGGUGGAAGUCCCUCUGAAGACGCUGGAGAGCUUCCUCAAGAGCCAGUCAGACGUAGACAGUGACCUGACUAUUUUCUAUAAGGGUUGUGUGUCAGAAAGCACCUUCAGGAAGAAGAGAGACCUGAUCAGUGUUUCAGUAUGACGAUGGGAUGCACAGUCAUGGAUGAAGCCUACCUACUGUAUAAACAGGACUAACUCUAAUGAACUUUAACAGAAGCAGUGUUAAGUAGUCCUGGCUUUACGUCUUUUGGAAUAAAUUAA